CCCUUUCGUUCCCAGCAGGCCUUGCGCACGGGAAGAUGGCGGCGUCCAGGUGGAGGUCUUGAGGAGACCAAAUCGGUAUGGCAUUGGCAUCGGGGCCCGCAAGGCGGGCGUUGGCUCGCCCCGGACGGCUCGGCCUUGGGAGCUAUGGGGCCCCUAGACGCGGGGCGUACAAGUGGGGCGUCCGAUCUACGCGGAAGCCCGAGCCUUCUCCCCCGGAGAGGGUGUACGAAAUCCCUGGAUUGGAGCCCAUCACCUACGAGGAGAAGAUGCACUUCGUGCCCUGGUUGGCGCGGCCGAUCUUCCCGCCCUGGGAUCCCGGCUGGAGGCAUCCAAAGUUCCGUCGCGUUCCCCCGAUUCACGAACAUCCUUUGUACAAGGACCAGGUCUGCCACACCUUCCACCAGCGCUGCAGCCUCCUGGAGGGUGUAAAGCAGGCCCUCUGGCUUACCAAAGCCAAGUUAAUAGAAGGCCUUCCCAAGAAAGUGCUUAGCCUCCUUGACGACCCAAGGAACCACAUAGAGAACCAAGAUGAACGUGUUCUGAAUGUGAUCUAUCACGCUCGUCUCUGGCACUGCACUGGAGACAUCCCCAAGAGAGAGACCUACUGCCCACUCAUUGUGGACAGCCUGAUACAGCUGUGUAAGUCCCAGAUUUCAAAGCAUCCUUCUCUGGCCAGGCGGAUCUAUGCCAAAAACUACAGGUUAUCUACUACCUGGAACCGAGAGGCUCUCCUCCUGCAGGUCCAUGGUUCCGGCGGAGCCCGGCUGAAUGCCAGGGACCCUCUGCCCCCCAUUGCCUCCAGAGAGGAAGUUGAAGCUACUCAGAACCACGUUCUUGAGACCUUCUAUCCCAUAUCUCCCACUAUUGGUCUUCAGGAGUGCAACGUUUAUGAUGAAAAAGACAACACAGGAUUCCAGGAGGGCUAUCCGUACCCCUGUGCGCACACCCUGUUUUUGCUGGAGGCAGCCAGUGUACGAUCUUACCGCUUUCCGCCAGACCAGCUGAGGGCCAAGAUGAUCAUGUUUGCCUUCGGCAGUGCCCUGACUCAGGCCCGGCUCCUCUACGGGAAUGACACCAAGGUGCUGGAGCAGCCCGUAGUCGUGCAGUGUGUGGGCACCGAUGGGCGUAUCUUCCAGUUCCUGGUGUUGCAGCUGAACACCACAGAUCUGGCCUCCAACGAGGGCGUCAAGAAUCUGGUGUGGGUGGACUCAGACCAGCUCCUCUAUCAGCAUUUUUGGUGUCUCCCAGUGAUCAAAAAGAAGGUGGUUGUGGAACCUGUAGGGCCGACUGGUUUCCAGCCAGAGACGUUCAAGAAGUUUUUAGCUCUGUAUUUGCACGGCGCUGUGGGAGCCAAGGAGCCUUCUGAGGCCUGAAGCCCUCGGCCCCCCUCACUGAAGAUCCUGCAUCCUGGGUGGUUCCCGGCCGGUUCUGGGCCUGCCUGGGCCGUAGUGCUGUUGUGGCCCACUGGGCUCGGUGACAAUAAAGAGUACUUCCAGCGC